AUGGCGGCAACACAGAGAAGGGGUUGGUCAGAUCUGCAACCAGAGUUGUUGGAACUAGUUCUACGGAGGUUAGUCGUGAGGGACUACCUUAAGUGUCGAGGAGUGUGUCGGUCGUGGCGAAGCAUUGUUGUCAAUGCAAUCAAGAACAAAUGUCCAUCUCUUCCUCAAUUCCCAUCCCUCUUGUUGAUUCCAGGUAAAUCUUCUUCUGACAACAAAGUCCCUGCCACCCUAUUGGACAUCACAGGGAACAACAAGCAGCUUCAACUCACCCCAUCUCGUGCAUGGGAACGUUACUUUGAUUGCGUUCAGUCAAAAGAGGGAUGGUUGAUGUUCAGACAAUGUAGAGCAAUAAAAGAUAACAACAUAUAUCAUACUUUGUUUUGGAUUUUCAAUCCGGUGUCUGGUGAAGAGUAUAAGCUCCCGCUAUUACCAUGUAGCCCGCGGUACAACGCCUUUACGAGGGAUAUAGUUGCGAUCUCUUCUGCACCGGAUUCUCAAAACUUCUUGGUGGUGGUUCUGAAAUGUAUUCACCACCGUGGUGAUUAUAUCCAGCCGCCACUAUGUUUUUGUAAGGUCAAUGACAAGUCAUGGACUCGCAUUGAAACAAAUGAGUCUCGGUUUGUGGAUAUCAUGUUUCUGGGAUGGAAAUUAUAUGCUGUGAAAGAAGAUUCUGUAACUAUUUUCAAUCUCAAGGAUCUCAAUGCUAUUACAACUGAAAGAUUGGUUGUGCAGUUACCCGAAACGAACUGGGAAAGUCAGAAACAUUGGAGGCUGGGUUCAAGUUACCUCCACUACAAACCUUAA